ACGACGCGCACACGACGGGCGCGCGCGCCGAGGCGGUUCACCUCAACGGCGAGACGACGCGGUCCGCGAGUCGCAACGCCAACCUGGACCCGAACCGAACCUGCGAGUCUGUCGGAGCCCUCCGGCCUUCCGACGGGGGAAUUGUCGACGACGCCAGCUGAGCUGCAAUCCCAGGCGACGUCGCAGGAGGUUCCGUUGAGGCUCGGCCGGGCCUUGAACUGGAUGGCAUCAUGAGCUCGGGCUGCUUGAGAAGCUCCUGCUGCUGAUUAGCCCCAUUUUGCAUUUGGGUGUCAUUGGCGGGCACCGCCGCUGUCCCUUUUUGGUGGAUUCCUUGUUUUUGGGCUCCCGUUUCUGGAAGCUGCUGCUUGAAUGGGCUUUUUUUGGCAAGCAGGAAGGACAUCGGUGGGAACCUGGCUCUCCAGCAGCACCCGGGGAUCCCAAAUUAACGGCGCAGGUGCAGACAUCGAUGACGUCGCCAGGACGGGACCGGACAGGACGCAGCGGGAUGGAACGUAACAGAACCACGGCCGCGGAAGCCACCGGGACAGCCUCGGCUCCUAUUCAGCACUGACCUGGCGCCCCCGCCGAGGCCCGCCUUCCGAAUCCCUGCGCACCCUCCGCAUGAGCUGCUCCUUGAUUUAGUCACCCGCCUUUGGACUCGCGUCCCUUUUGACGAUUCCAUUUGCAGUCAUGCAGCUAUUUCUCCUUGCGAGCGGACAAAAAAGGCAAAGGUCCCUCAUGCCAGACUGGUGCAUGCAGUUGGGCCUCGCCCUCCUCUUGAAUGUGGCCUCCAGCCAAAAAGUGGAGCCCUCCAAGCACCCCGUGGUCACCACCAACUACGGCAAGCUCCGAGGGGUCAAGAAGGACCUGAACAACGAGAUCCUGGGCCCGGUGGAGCAGUACCUGGGCGUGCCCUAUGCCACCGCGCCCAUCGGCGACCGCCGCUUUCAGCCGCCCGAAGCCCCGGGCUCGUGGCAGGAGAUCCGCAACGCCACCCAGUUUGCCCCCGUGUGCCCCCAAAAUGUGCACGGGGUGCUCCCCGAGAUCAUGCUACCUGUGUGGUUCACAGACAACCUGGACGUAGCGGCCGGGUACAUCCAGAACCAGAGCGAGGACUGCCUCUAUCUCAACGUCUACGUGCCCAUGGAGGAUGAUAUUCGCGACCGCAGGAAGAAGCCCGUGAUGUUGUUCAUUCACGGAGGCUCGUACAUGGAAGGCACCGGAAACAUGUUUGACGCCAGCGUCCUCGCCGCCUACGGCAACGUCAUCGUGGUGACUAUGAAUUAUCGUCUGGGUGUGCUGGGUUUUCUCAGCACCGGCGAUCAGUCGGCCAAGGGCAACUACGGCCUCCUGGACCAGAUUCAGGCGCUGCGCUGGCUCAACGAGAACAUCGGUCACUUCGGCGGAGACCCAGAGAGGAUCACCAUCUUCGGAUCGGGAGCCGGGGCGUCCUGUGUCAACCUCCUCAUCCUCUCCCACCAUUCGGAGGGUCUCUUCCACAGGGCCAUUGCCCAAAGUGGGACAGCCAUCUCCAGCUGGUCCGUCAACUACCAGCCCCUUAAGUACACCAAAAUCCUGGCCCGCAAGGUGGGCUGCACCUACACCGAGACCGCUGACCUGGUGGACUGCCUGAGGCGCAAGAACUUCAGGGAGCUCGUGGACCAGGAUAUCCAGCCGGCUCGCUACCACAUCGCCUUCGGCCCCGUGGUGGACGGAGACGUGGUGCCCGACGAUCCUGAGAUCCUCAUGCAGCAGGUAAUCGAUGAAAUUAGCGCGAACAUCGUUCUGUCCGGCGCCAAUGAUUUCCUUCGUGUCCUCGGCCUCCAGGGGGAGUUCCUUAACUACGACAUGCUGGUUGGUGUCAAUCAAGGAGAGGGGCUGAAGUUUGUCGACGACAGCGAGGACGACGACGGCAUCUCGGCCGCGGCGUUUGACUACACCAUCUCCAACUUUGUGGACAACCUCUACGGAUACCCCGAGGGCAAAGACAUCCUGAGGGAGACCAUUAAGUUCAUGUACACAGACUGGGCAGACAGAGACAACGGCGACAUGCGGCGCAAGACCUUGCUCGCUCUGUUUACAGACCACCAGUGGGUGGCGCCGGCGGUGGCCACCGCCAAGCUCCACGCCGAGUUCCAGUCGCCCGUUUACUUUUACACCUUCUACCAUCACUGCCAGACCGAGACGCGGCCCGAGUGGGCCGACGCCGCCCACGGAGAUGAGAUACCGUAUGUUUUCGGGGUGCCCAUGAUCGGUGCCACGGACUUGUUCCCGUGCAACUUCUCCAAGAAUGAUGUGAUGCUCAGCGCUGUCGUCAUGACCUACUGGACCAACUUUGCCAAGACCGGGGAUCCCAACUUACCAGUCCCCCAGGACACCAAAUUCAUCCACACCAAGCCCAACCGCUUCGAAGAAGUCAUCUGGACCAAGUUCAAUUCCAAGGACAAGCAGUACCUCCACAUUGGCUUGAAACCUCGCGUCAGAGACAACUACAGGGCCAACAAGGUGGCCUUCUGGUUGGAGUUGGUCCCCCAUCUCCAUAAUCUACACGAUGAGUUCUUUUCAACCACCACUCGCUCGCCCCCCGGUCCGGGUCCCGGCACGCCCAGAACCAGAACUACGGGCCCUCGCACCACCCAUCGCCCCUACCCCACCUUCUCUUACGACCCGGACCCCGACGGUUCAGAGCGUCCGCCACCUGUUCUUUUCCCCGGCGACACCCGCGACUACUCCACGGAGCUGAGCGUGACGGUCGCCGUGGGAGCGUCCCUGCUCUUCCUCAACAUCCUGGCCUUCGCCGCCCUCUACUACAAGCGCGACAAGCGGCACGAGAUGCGACGCCACCGGCUCUCUCCCCAGCGGGGCGGCCCGGCCAACGACCUGCCGCACAGCCAGGAGGAGGAGAUCAUGUCCCUGCAAAUGAAGCAUUCCGAGCACGACGCUCACCACGAUAUGGAGCCCCUGCGGCCCCACGACAUCCUGCGGCCCGCCUGCCCGCCCGACUACACGCUGGCGCUGCGCCGAGCCCCGGACGACGUGCCUCUGAUGACGCCCAACACCAUCACCAUGAUUCCCAGCACCAUCGCAAGCAUGCAGCCCCUUCAUGCCUUUAAUACCUUUCCCAGCACAGGCCACAACAACACUCUGCCCCACCCGCACUCCACCACCAGGGUAUAGUAGAGCCAACCCGGCAGCACCGCCCGAGGACCGGGAAGAACCUACACGGGGGCACUCCGGGAGGUGUGGUUUGGUGACUCUCGUGUUUUCUCCAAGAACAACUCCGCCGCCUCCGUAUCGUGCUGCCGAGCUUCGCGGUGCGGGGAGUUGCGACCGAGCUACGCGUCUUUUCCAAAAGAAGUGUCAGGAUGUGAUUUCCCAGCAGCCCCUCGCCGUUUCUCGAAGGGACCUCUCGCCUUCUUAGUAUUAGGGUGUCAUUCCCUUCCGUGUCAUUCUCUUUUCUACAUCUGUAUCUUAUGCCUGAGCCUUUUUCCAAUGUUUCUAAAGCCACGGGGGUCAGCGAUGAAAAGUAUCUUAUACUUUCAUUCAACCAGCGUUCUUGGUGCCAAGUUAGUGUUCGCAUUCUCAUGAAGGGCAAAAAAUGGAUUAUUUAUUGUCCACUAACAAAUGUGUUCUCAUGACAAAGUGCCAAACUGGCCCUUGAUUGUGCUUUUCUUUUCUUUCGCUGCUUGUCUCCUCCGUUCGGUCGUCGUCGUCGUCGUUUGUUUUUUUUGUUUGUUUUGUUGAAAAUAUAGCUAUAGAGAGAGUAUAUAUCAAGAUAUAUAGUUGUAUAUGUGUACAAAGGAGAAAGUCGAUCACGGGGUAUUUUGCGAAACGGGGAUCUAUGCAUGAAUUCUUUUGAAAGGAGGCUGACGGGGGGGACACGGUAGCCGCACGGUUCCCAAAGUCAACAAAAGCGCUUCACCUCCCUGCAUCGGUUCAGGAAAGAAAACGUCAUCUCACUCCUCUUGUCUUGUGAAUAUUUCGACAUGCAACGAGCCUCUGCUUUCCUGCCAUCUGCGCCGCCGCGCUUUCACGAGGUACCAAAGGUGUGUUUGUGGCUGACUUUUCUGUCCGGCACGUCCAUUGUUUGCUUGAAGAGUGCCAGGUCCAAACUGGCUUUGUCCACCGACUCAGAGAGUUUCUGAGGAUCUUUCCACUUGUUUCCUUGAUGAUUCGGUUCUUUUAUUUCGAGGCUCAAAUUCAAAGGUAACUGGCGACUCUCAGCGCACGGGCGGGUUGGCCUGCAUACGUGGAGCAGGAACGCCGUUGGCGGGCGGGCGGGAUGCAGGGGACUCGGGACCCUGACAACAGCAAAACGGGAAGCCGUCCCCGCUUGGGCCCUUUUCGUCCGUCGCUCGGUGGCUAGCUUUGAGCCCGUUUCUUUCGUUGCUCCUUCGUUGUAUUCCGAUCCCCGAAAGGGGGCAGAGGUGUGCGAGGCCGUUUUGCGUGCACAAUGUGCGGGAGAGAGAGCUCUGCAGAGUGAAUGAUGACUGCCAUGGGAAGAAGAGACUUUGCAGAAGGCCUUCAAUCAUGAGAGGGGACACACCGAGCUGACAUUUACAGGCACGGCCGGCUUCGUAUCUUCUACAACCCCGAUUCCAACGAAGUUAAACGUAAAUCGAAACGGAAUACAAUGAUUUGCAAAUCAUGUUCGACCUAUAUUUCAUUGAAUACACUACAAAGACAAGCUAUUUAAUGUUCACACUGAUAAACCUGAUUGUUUUUAGAAAAUAAUCAUGAAGGUAGAAUUGGAACACGUUCCAAAAACGCUGGGACAGGGUCAUGUUUACCACUGUGUUUCUUUGAACAACAUUCGAUAAACGUUCGGGAACGGAGGACACUAAUUGUUGAAGCUUUGUAGGUGGAAUUCUUUCCCGUUCUUGCUCGAUGUUCAACAGUCGUACUUUACGCUUCAUAACGCGCCACACAUUUUCGAUGGGAGACGGGGUCUGGACUGCAGGCAGGCCAGUCGAGCACCCGCACUCUUUUGCUACGAAGCCACGCUGUUGUAACACGUGCAGAAUGUGGUUUGGCAUCGUCUCGCUGAAAUAAGCAGGGGCGUCCGUGAAAAAGACGUCGCUCGGAUGGCAGCAUACGUUUCUCCAAAACUUAUAUGUACCUUUCAGCCUUAAUGGUGCCUUCACAGAUGUGCAAGUCACCCAUGCCAUUGGCACUAACACAGCCCCAUACCAUCAAAGAUGCCGGCUUUGGAACUUUGCGUCCGUAACAGUCCGAAUGGUUCUUUUCCUCUUUGGCCCGGAGGACACGAACGUCCGCAAUUUCCAAAAACAAUUUGAAAUGUGGACUCGUCGGACCAGAGAACACUUUUCCACUUUGCGUCGGUCCAUCUGAGAUGAGCUCGGGCCCGGAGAGGCCGGCGGCGUUUCUGGGUGCUGUCGAUAAAUGGCUUUUGCUUUGCACAGUAGAGUUUCAAGUUGCACUUACGGAGUUAGCGCCGAAGUGUAUUUACUGACAUUGGUUUUGUGAAGUGUUCCUGAUCCCACGCGGUGAUAUCCUUGACACACUGGUGUCGCUUUUUGAUGCAGUGCCGCCUGAGGGAUCGAAGGUCACGGGCAUUCAUUGUGGGCUUUGGGCCUUGCCGCUUACGUGCAGUGAUUUCUCCAGAUUCCCCGAACCUUUUGAUGAUAUUAUGGUCCGUAGUUGAUGAAAUCCCUGAAUUCCUUGCAAUUAUACGUUGAUGAACAUCGUUGUUAAACUGUUGGACUAUUUUCUCACGCACUUGUUCACAAAGAGGUGAACCUCGCCCCAUCUUUGCUUGUGAAUUCAGGCAAGCUCCUUUUCUACCCAAUCGUGGCAGCCGCCUGUUCGCCUGUGGGAUGUUCCAAACGGGUGUUUGAUGAGCAUUCCUCAACUUUGGCAGUCUUUCUUGCCACCUGGGACCCAGCCUUUUUGGAACGUGUUGCAGCCAUCAAAUCCCAAGUUCAUGAUUAUUUGCUAAAAACCAUAAAGUUGGUCAGUUUGAACAUGAAAUAUCUCGCCUUUGUAGUGUAUUCAAUGAAAUGUAGGUCGAACACGAUUUGCAAAUCAUUGUAUUCUGUUUAACACAACGUCCCAACUCGAUUGGAAUUGGGGUUGUAUGUUUGCCGAGAUGAAACCUUUGCUUUCCCGUCCGGCCGCUGGAGGACGUCGAUCCUCGCUUUUGUAACCCCUGUGAGGUCAAAGUCAGCGAGGUGAACGUACUGUGUGACGCUACCGGAAGCAGAAUACCGCAACCUCUGCUUCUUUCUCAUCUAUUUUAUAAGCUGCCACUGGAAGAUGAGGAUGUGAGACGGCUGAAGGACCUCACACAGAAUCACACAAACCUUCAAAAACAUCUAAAGUGUACAUUUUUAAGUGUAAGACUCCAACUGAUAAAAUAUUUGUAAAUAUGAAGUUUCUUGUUUGUUUGGUUUUUUUUCCUUUCAUUUUUUUGGAGUGAAUGAACAAAAUGGCCACAUUUUGUGACGAGCCAGGACAACAGGUGCAGUUUGCGAAGAAGGGGCGGCCGUGCUGAUUUGAUUGAGUUUCGUUUCUUCUUCUCACCAUGCGGACGUUGCGUCGCAUUGAGUGACCGGAGCAGAAAUUCAUCAUGCUGCUUUUCAAAUAGAUGCCCACUCUUUAAAAAUACCACCAAAAAAAAAAACCAUCUUUUUUUUGUGCCAGCAGUUGAAUUGCUACCCUCAUAAUUUUGUCAUGCUUUCAUUUUGAAAGUACACCUUUUCAUUGAAGCAUACGUGAAGUGCUUAGUUUUGCGUGGAUGUUUCGGAAAAGUUCACCUUGCAAUUGUGAGAGGUGUGCCACAAAACGGGAGGCGAAGGGAAGCCGCCAUUGGUCGGCGGCGAGACGAGGCCCUCGAUGAGUUGACUUUUUCCGUGUAGCCGUGUUUACAUGAGGCCACUUUGGUGUGGGUCCCGCACGAGGGCUUUGAUACCAGAAGAUGCCUCGCACACACACACGCGCGCGAAUAAGAUCUUACACUUCGUACGACACUCUCUGCACACUGGCUUUGCCCGUCUUAUGUUUCUGAGGAAGGGAAUAGUUGUCUAUUUUCAACCAAACAAGCUCAUCUGUUUGAAGUCGGUGGUACAAGCGAGCACACGCGCGCGCAUAUAUGCAUGAACUUCCUGCUCGGAUUCUGAAGCAAAGUUGCACCUGUUGUCUACUUUUGUUUUUUCUUCUUUCAUCUGAAAACCAAGAAUGGAAAUGAAGAAAAUUGAUGACAAGUGGCAUUUUGGAAAAAGGUGCUAAAAAAAAGUUGGGGG